UCGAUGAACUGUCAAAUGCCAUAGAAAGAGAAAUAAUCAACAAUUCAGAAUUGUGGAGAGUGCACGUGUUUUUUAGCCGAAAUAGCUAGUUUGUUUUUAUUCAAAUUCUCAUAGAAAUUAUAAAUAAGAAUACAACAAAAUGCAGCACGAUGAUGUUGUUUGGAGCAUCAUCAAUAAAUCCUUCUGUUCCCACAAAGUCAAAACCGAUACACGUACAUUCUGCCGCCAUGAAUACAAUUUAACAGGUUUGUGUACCCGUCGUACCUGUCCUUUGGCCAAUUCCCAAUACGCCACAGUUCGCGAAGAGAAGGGUAUAAUCUAUCUCUAUAUGAAAACAGCUGAAAGAGCCCAUAUGCCCAACAAACUGUGGGAACGUGUUAAGCUGUCACGAAACUUUGAAAAGGCCAUACAACAGAUCAAUGAAAAUUUGGUAUUUUGGCCCAAAUAUAUGAUUGCGAAAAAUAAGCAAAGAUUUUUAAAAAUCACACAGUAUCUGAUACGUAUGCGUAAAUUGAAAUUGAGAAGACAGAAAUUGAUUGUGCCACUAUCGAGGAAGAUUGAACGUCGUGAGACCAGACGUGAACAGAAGGCUUUGAUAGCAGCCAAGAUAGAAAAUCACAUUGAAAAGGAACUGAUGGAACGUUUGAAACGUGGCACCUACAAGGAUAUAUACAAUUUCUCACAGGCUGCAUUCAACAAAGCUUUGGCGGCUGAAGAAGUUGAAGAUGACGAGGAGGAAGAUAUGGAAGAAGAUCUUGAGAUGGAACAAGAAUUGGAACAUGAAAUGGAUGAGGAAUCGAGAGAGUUGAGAAAAGAUUUAUUAGAUGAAGAAUUUGUGGAAGCUGACUCGGAGGAAGAAGUCGAUGACAGCGAUGAAGAUGGGUAUAGUGACGAUGAAGAUGCCCUUAGCGAUUCUGGUGAGAAGGAAGAAGUCGAAGUUGAUAGUGAUUUUGAGGAAUCCGAUGAAGAUGAGGGUUCAGAUAUUGAGGAUACACCAGCCGGCGCUUUUGUUCGUGCUCCUGCCAAAUCUCCUACCAAAGCGACGGCAUCAUCUGCCGCCAAGGCUAGCAAAACAAAUGGUACAUCUAAAGCUGCCACAACGAAAAGACGUCUUAAAAAGCCUAAAGUCGAAAUUGAAUAUGAAAUGGAGACCGAAACAAACCGGCAAAGGAUACAUAACUGAGAUACCUUCGGAACCCACAACGCCCACAUUACGUUGUAUUUUGAAUGGACCUUUUCGCGACUUACAUUUUACCGCCACCGAUCAUCGAAUAACACCGGUCCACGAUGUGGUUUUCUUGGAUGAAGUGGAUAAUCCAAAUGUGAAACCACUAAUAUAUCGACCGAAAUUUCCUGAGACGGAAAAGUCCAAUGGACACAGCAAUGGAUUUACGAAUGAGUGUGAUGAGUAAGUAUAUUUGUUUUACAGGGACAACAGAGGAGUAGAAAUCACAAAAUGGAUCAGCAACAAUAUCUGCAAUGUCAACUACGACAGCAACAACAGCAACGUCAUCUGCAGCAUCAGCAUGGAGUGGGAUAGCCAUCAACUUCAAAAUGGGAUAACAUAGCCAACCAACUACAACGAAGCAGAGAACAAACGACAAAUCUGGCAAACAAUAUCCUUAAAAUGCAUAGCUGCUGUUGCAAUGGGAAAAUUGUUUAAACUCCGGACCUUCAGCGACGUCAUUUGGCAACG